AUGCGCGAUGAACGGUCGACCAAGGCACGAGAGUUUUCAGAGGCACAGCAACAUAUCGGGCGUCUCAUGUCAGUAAUGGGUUUUAAACCCGACUCAGGCCAUUCCAAGCCAUCCAAAUCGCGGUCCAAAUCAAUCAUCGGCCCUUCUCCAAUCGCAUCAGCCCAACAGCAAACGCAUUCCUCAGACGAGCAGACAGAAUCUCUGCUAGAAGAUCCAGAGACCACGUCAUUUGACUCAGCAGCACCUCAUUUUGUUGGCCGCAGCCCCAAAAGACCCAGAGACAGCACCUACGCUAUGGCUGAAACACCGGCCCGACCCCAGGAGAAGAAGGCCAAGAAUCCAUCCCGGGUGGGCAGCAUGCGGCCACGCUCUGAGCGGAGAGUGCUAGAAGAAGCAGACCAAAACAGCCAGUCUAGUUCCCAGAGCAGCCGCAGGUCAAAUGCCAGUCAGGGUGAAACAUUUGAGGAGAGUCAAUAUAUGGAUGAAAACCAUCUCCAGGGGAUAGAUCUUGAUAUGGAUUUGGAGCUCACAAAGGACUUCAUAUUUACUAGCACGUCUUUGUCUCAGGCAAAUGAUAAUGUGCCUCCGCCUGGAGCUCAGGGUCUACCUUCUCAAAUCCUACCGUCCUGGAGCCAGAGGGAUACUCUCGCUAUCAGACUCACCAAUGUCCCGAAAGAAACAAGCGCUGUGGACUUAUGGGAGGCUUUUCACAAGGAAGGAAGCAUUUUCACUAUCGACCUUUUUGAGGACAGCCAUGGGAACAGAAGGACAGAGGGCAAAGUCCGCUUCAAGCCACCUCCGGCGACAGACUUCUGGAAAACAGGAACCUACGAGAUAAGCUUGCCAGAUGGCCGAGUUACGACUAUUUUUAUACGUCCAGAGUUUCAUCUGCCUUAUAACAGAAGGGUCGACAGCCCAGUCGGCCGUGACGUUACAUACCCUGUCGAGGUUAAAAUCCCCAUCGCGUCCAUGGAUAUAGGAGUUUUGGUGGACGAAAAGACAAUGCUUCCCAUGCGCACUGUUGGUCUAGGUGCUGAUGAGCAUCCCUUCUUACUUCUCGAUCUGAAAGCCAGGGCCAUGAUGAUCUAUUUUCAACUUCCGAUACUCUUCAAUCCUAAGAGCAAGCUCCAGGCAGGUGAUAAGUAUAACCAAUACCGUCUGAAGAUUCCUCUGGUGCAAUUGACCCAAAUUCUUCAGACUGGGGACCCUGCAUCGAUCAUAACUCACUUGCUAGUGCUGGAGUCUCCACCCUUGUAUUUUCGGCGUGCUACGGAUAUCCCGAAUACUUUCGUUGACGAUAACUCAUGGAGGGACUCGGACUCCUGGUAUCGUCAGACCAACAUUGUCCAUAACCCGUUAGAGCUUGCCGGUGUCCCGACGAGCUUGCGCAAGUUGAAGCCAAUGAUUGAUAUCGGCCGUUGGAAUGUUCUCAGGGCGACAUUUCCUCAAAACAUUGGCCUUAAUCCUAACUACAACGUGAGAAUCGAAGAUAUCGAUAGCUUCACUGUAUGGGAUGGAUCUAAAGAGAGGCCACCUCCCGUUUGGGAAUGGAUUGACCUAUCCAAGUCUUCACCUCAGACGGAAAGCUCUUCUCUCGGAGACCUUUUGGAUCAUACCUAUGUUCAUCUAGAUUCUCGCGUACGGUAUCAGCUCGAGGUGUGUAUAUCCCAUGGAUACCUCUCGGAAUUCACCAUGUCUCGUGAGUUUGUGGUCAAGCUCGCGGAACUUGAAGAACCAGAAGCCAGAAAACUUCUUGAACAUGUUGCGACGGAGAAGAAAGUCUACUUUGAUCCCAUGAAGAUAUUCGAUUUGAUAUUCAUCAAGGGUACAACAAACGCUAGGAUACCUUCGCACUGUUGCCACAUGCGCUCGGCAAGGAUCACGCCCAGCACCGUCUACUUCAACACCCCCACGGUGGACAUAUCGAAUCGAAUCGUUCGACGAUACAGAGAACACUCAGAUAGGUUUCUCCGGGUCCGGUUUACCGAUGAGAAGCUACUCGGUCGAAUUUCUGCAAGUGUUGACAAUACGAGAAACGAGAUCUUCACGCGGGUAAAGAGAACAUUGGCAAAUGGCAUCGUGAUUGGCGACAUGCACUACGAGUUUCUUGCAUUCGGAAACUCCCAAUUUCGUGAGCAUGGUGCCUAUUUCUUCGCCGGGCAGCCUGGCCUUACUGCCGCCAAUAUUCGAGCAUGGAUGGGAACCUUCAAUAAUAUCCGGAAUGUUGCUAAGCACACCGCACGUUUGGGACAAUGUUUCUCAACUACCCGCGCCGUUGCUGGGUCAUCUGUGACGGUUAACAGAAUUGAUGAUAUCGUACACAACGGAUAUACUUUCUCCGAUGGCGUUGGCAGAAUUUCGCGCUUCCUUGCUCAGAUGACCAUGUCUGAACUGAAGAUCAAAACUCCAAAUGGGGAGCCCCCGUCCGCGUUCCAAUUCCGCCUUGGAGGCAGCAAGGGGAUGCUCACUGUAUCAUCCCAAGCUCAGCCACAGGAGGUUCACAUACGAAAAAGUCAGGAUAAAUUUACGGCAAACCACAGCGGCCUGGAAAUCAUUCGCUGGUCACAAUUCUCAAUCGCAACUUUGAACCGCCAAUUGAUCAUUGUUCUAUCCACCCUCGGAAUACCCGAUGAAGUCUUUCGUGCCAAACUCAAAGACAUGCUGCAGGGUCUGGAUGAAGCACAGAAAAGUGAUACGCGGGCUAUCUACUGGUUGAGGAGAUAUCUAGACCCGAACCAAAUGACACUCGUCGUGAGUCAGAUGGUCAGCGAUGGCUUCAGGCGAGUCCAAGAACCCUUCUUGACUUCAAUACUGACCCUCUGGAGGGCUUGGCAUCUUAAGUAUUUGAAAGAGAAGGCGAAGAUUGCCAUUGAAAAAGGUGCAAAUCUCCUAGGCUGCAUGGAUGAGACAGGUACUCUGAAGGGCCAUUUCAACAACAUCCCCGGAAAGGAUGCGUCCGUUAAGGAACUCAAGGCAGCAUUGCCGGAGAUAUUCGUCCAGGUUUCCAACCCAGAGAAGGAAGGAAAAUACGAGAUAAUCGAGGGACUCUGCAUCCUAGCCCGAAACCCCUCCCUUCACCCCGGCGAUAUUCGCGUCGUGAAUGCAGUGAACGUCCCAACUCUACGGCACCUCCAAGAUGUAGUUGUCCUGCCGCAGACCGGUGAUCGGGACAUCGCAAGUAUGUGUUCCGGUGGCGAUUUGGACGGCGAUGACUACCUUGUUAUCUGGGAUCAAGAUUUGGUCCCUGAAGACUGGUUUCGCGAGCCGAUGACCUAUACUAGCAACGCGGCUCGGGACCUCGAUCACGAUGUCACCGUCGACGAGAUAACAUCGUUCUUCGUGACCUAUAUGAAGAACGACUGCCUUCCUCAGGUCGCACACGCACACCUCGCCUGGGCCGAUUGGCUUCAGAACGGGGUAAACGAAGAGAAAUGCAUCAAGCUGGCCCAGCUUCAUUCCGACGCUGUGGACUACAACAAAACCGGCAAUCCAGCCAUAAUGACUCGAAAUCUUCGACCUCGUCUCUGGCCUCAUUUCAUGGAAAAGAAUCACCUACCAAAGGACAAGAUCUACCAUUCUAGAAAGAUACUUGGUCAGCUUUACGACGCCGUCGAGCGCAUUGACUUCGUUCCUAGUCUCGAGAUGUCUUUUGACGAGAGGAUUCUCAAAUGUGGAGUCCAGGUCACCGCAGAUAUCUACCAGUUUGCGAAGGAUCUCAAAGUCUCCUACGACGAGGCUAUCCGCCGCAUCAUGGCGCAGCACGAGAUCAAGACCGAGUUCGAAGUCUGGUCCACGUUCGUCCUCAGUCACGCAAACAUGAGCAAGGACUACAAGUUCCACGAGGAACUAGGCGCAUUGUCAUCCGCUCUCCGCGAGGGCUUCAAAAGUAAAUGCUAUGAGAAAGUCGGCGGUCGUGAAUUCGAGCAGCUAGCUCCGCUCGCCGUCGCUAUGUAUCGCCUCACUCACGAGGAAAUGUCCGCCGCUUGGGACAAACAUCGCUGCGAGAACCCGCCUGACGAAAGGUUUUUCCACAGACGCUCACCCUCCAUAGACACGCUUCCUCUGAUCAGCUUUCCGUGGAUUUUCCCGCACGUACUCGGCAAGAUAGCAAUGCGCCAUUACGACGAAUCACCCCCUCUCCCUCUACUCGUCAACGACCUCGUCCCGGGCCCCAUGCUACCCGGUCUACGUCGGGGGACGCGUCUCAUCCGGACAUUCGCCACGGGGGUCGAAUCCCUAGAAAACCUCCUCGAUUUCGGCCUCUCCGAAGGGUGCAACGGCUCAUCUUCUGAAUCUGCUACUACUCCCAACAACGAUGAGGAGCGUGCUGGAAACGGGGGCCUUCUGCUCGAGUGGGACAGCAAUGCUAGCGCCGAGGAUAUCAACCACUCUAUUGAUAACGCGGUCGUUUCGGAUCCCGUUCCAGAGUUGAAAGGCGGCAGCAACGGCGCGGUCGUGGAGAUUGUGGAAGAGGUCGUUGAGGAGGAUUAUGGGCUUCAGCUUACGGCGCUUGAUAAGCUGAGUCGGUUGCUUGAGACCUAA